AUGCUUGAACAUGAACCAGAUAUAAAAUCAUUUGAUUUAAAACAUGAUAUAUUCAAGUACAAAUGGGAUUCAAAAAUAUGGUUAGAACAAUUUUCAAAUAUUAAUUCGUCCCCUUCCUCAAAUAACAUUGCUAAACCAAGAAAAGAUUUCGUCCGACGUAUGUUACGUGUAACAGUAAUGUUAAACACAAUGGCAACCGUAUAUGAUGGAAAAUAUAAACUAGAAAAUGAACAGCAAACAAAAAUCACAUUGCAACGAAAACUAAUGAAAACCAUCUUGUACAAUGAACAAUCAAACUUUUUUGAUGGUCGUAAAGAAAUCACUCCCAAAAUACCAUUUUCUUCUACGAUAAUCCACGUUGUUAACGAAGAUUGUUUACAUUCUUAUACAAAAUUAGUUAAAAAUAGUUUUAAUCCAGUUUUAUUAAAUAUGGCCAAUGCAGUAAGCCCAGGUGGUGGUUAUCGUCGUGGAGACGGGGCACAAGAGGAAAAUAUAUUUCGUCGUACAAACUAUUAUACCAGUUUAAACUAUUUUUUAGAACCUAAUCAACAACAUACCGAUCAUCAAAGAUUUGAAUGUAGUGCUCACACCACAUUAACAGCACUUGCUGACAAUGAAUCAAUGUACCCAAUACAUGAAUUUGGUGCUAUCUAUACAUCCGGCAUAACUGCAUUUCGUGCUACUGAACAACGAGGCUAUGAAUAUUUGUCGACACCGAUUUACAACAUGAGUUCAAUUGCAUUAGCUGCAUAUCAGAAACCCGAUACAUAUGGCGGCGACCGAUUAGCUCCUAAAUAUGCUGUAGGAACACGUAAAAAAAUUGAAAAUUUAUUUGCUAUUGCAUUUGUGAACGGUCACGAUUCCCUAAUACUGUCAGCGUUGGGUUGUGGUGCCUUUCACAAUCCGCCUUCUCAUAUUGCAUCAAUAUUUAAAACAGUCAUUGAACAAUAUGCCGGUUUUUUCAGACAAAUUAUUUUUGCUAUAGUUGAUGAUCAUAAUACGGGAAAGCAAAUGAAUCCAAAUGGAAAUUAUCUACCGUUUAAACAGAUUGUCGAUAAUGUGACUGUUCGACCUGCUGCAAAGUUGUCUCCUGGAAUGAUGACUGGUCCAUAUGAGGUAACAGAAAAGCUAACCAUAAACGAUUUCAUAAUCUUUAAUGCAUCACCAUGUUACGAUGCAGCAAAAUGUAAAAAGAUUAACAAUCCUGAACAUUGUCAAAAAUACACACACCCACCAUAUUGUCCUCAAAGACUUGUAUGUAACCUUCAAAACGAUGACGUUCACCUAAAUUUUUUUAUUCAUCGAAUACACUGUAAAUAUGGCGGUGAAUGUGAAUUUAUUUUGAAAAACGAUCAGCAACAUCUGGCUGAUUAUAUUCAUCCGGAGAACUGUCCAUCCAGUGGUCGAUGCACUGAUAUGAAACGGGAGCAUUUAGAGAUGUAUUGUCACCUUCCUCUCUGCAAACACGGUCCAAACUGUUAUCAGAAUCUGAAUGGAGAUGUUCAACAUUGUAAAUCAUUUCGUCAUUGUAAAACAACAUGCAAAUAUGGAAAUAACUGUGUUGACUUCCACAAUUCAGAACAUAUUAAGAAUGAGUCACAUCCGUUCAAGGAACCAUGUCCGCUAACACCCUACUUAUGUACAGCAUUCAUUCAAUAUUCACAAUAUAAUCCAAAUAGUUCACAACAAACUAUUACAAAAGCUGAAUUAGAACGAUUGAAUUAUCAUUGUUUGUGUUAUUCACAUGUCUGUCUAUGGGGAAGAAACUGUACCAUCGAAAAAACGGAUAAACAUUGGAAGAACACUAUUCAUAUAGCAAGAAAACUGUGUCCAGAUUCAGAUCAUUGUCCAAUGUUGACAAGUGAAGAACAUCUAAACACAUUUUCACAUCCAAAUAUGAGAGACAUCCGUCUGUUAUGUAAAUAUUCAACAACAGAAUGCAGAGAUCGUUAUAAAAAGGAACAUUAUAUCAAAUAUCGACAUGGAACAUCAGAAGAACCAUUAGGUGUUACGAAAUACUUUGGUCUCAAUAAAGACAUAAGCUUCAGUCGCAAUCAGAAACAAAUGAUACAAAUAAUAAGAAAUUAUUUUCAAAUAAAUGACAUCAAAGUAUCAUCAGAUAUUUUGAAUUGGAUUCAUGCCUUACAACCAGUUCAUCGUUGUAAUUUACAAAUAUUUGAAUCAAUAGAACAUUUGCUGAGUAAACUUUUUACCUCAACUCAGCUUGAUGUAAUACAUUCAUGUUCAAUUGAAGUUGCUCAAGCAUCAUUAGUAUUACAAAAUAACAAAACGGGAAUUGGUUAUGAAACAGAUGAAAAAUUGUGCACUAAUAAACAUGUAUUUUCUAUAUUUGGGCCACAUUAUGGCCAUUAUUAUGGAGAUAUAUUUCUUAUCCUUAAGCGUGAUAUAAUGUUACAUCCAGAUUCAAAUUUUACAAUACAAGCAGCAACAACCUAUGAUAGUGGACGUGCAUAUACACUUCGGCCUUGGCUAACAGACCCCAUAGAUAUCAAUGAACGACAUAAACAACUGCAUUUGUCUAAACUACAUUGUUCAUCGAACGGAUACGAUUAUGCUGCGGCUUUGGAAUUAAUGGCUUUAACCAGUUUACCAAGAAAGACUCUAAACAUUAAUUUAAACCAAAUUAUUGCCCGAUGGACUGGUAUAGAUUCUCAUUUCGUGUUUGAAGCUCAUCUGCCACAGCUGAUACCUCUAAAUUAUGUCGAUCGUAUUUACAUGCCAAAAAACUUAUUUGAUGCAUUAUCUGAGAAAUCCAAACAAUAUGUUGCACAACUGUUUAAUGACUCUGUACUAACUGUUACAGAUCACGUAGUUGCUACGGAUUCUGCGUUAGAUCAGCCCAGAACUCAGUAUCAAACACAUGUAAAUAGCCAGUUACUACAACAUAUUAAAAAACGAGCUGGUCAUAAACGACCGCUGUUAUCUACGAUCGGAACAACGAUUACUGUGCCCGGAUCAAAGUUUUCUUCUUAUAUACUGUUACCUGUAUCAAUAGCAGAUACAUAUUAUUCUACAAGAAGGUCAACAGCAGAUGGAAUUAUUUACAUUUACUGGAAAGCUUUAAAAGGUGAUUUUAUGAUCGUAUUAACUGAUGACCCAAUACACGCAAAACAAUCAAAUCCACAACAGUAUUUGACAUGCUAUAUUGGAACUAUACGACUUAUAAAUAAAUAA